AUGUCAGAAUCAUCUUCCUCUUCGCAUGUACCAAGUAGGUCUAUUAGCUUGCCUACAAGACUAAUACAUCCAAAAGCACAGAGAGUUGAAGAAGAGCUAAAGAAGAUUCAAGAUUUAAACUCUUCUUCAUCUGCUUCUUCUAGAAUUCAUCUAGGGCUUUCCCGGCUCGUCGAGCUCUAUGACUUUGUCAAUGAACAAGUCAUAUGUUCUCCACAAGGCCAACAAGCUCUUCGUCCUUCUCACAACGCUAAACUCGUGGAAGAUGCUCUUGAUGACUCAGUCUUGUUACUUGAUGUAACUGAUAUCACAAGAGACUUGAUAGGGACAUUCGUGGAGCAAAUCCAAGAUCUUCAAUCCACUCUACGUAGACGCGGAGGAGAUCUCUCGAUCAUCCAAUCCGACAUCCGUGCUUACAUUAGCUUUCAGAAGAAAUUCAAGAACGCAGCAGUUAGACAACUUAAAGCCCUUGCAAGAACACAAGCAAAGAAGAAAUCUCCGGUUGUUAAACGAUCCGGUGAUCUCGAUCAACAUUCUUCUAUGGUUUCCAACAUUCUAAGGCAAUCAAACAUGUCGACGAUCUCUGUUUUAAAGUCACUCUUGCAGUUUCUUUCUUCUUCUAGUAAGAGCCAGAAGAAGAAUGGUGAAAUCGGAUGUGUAGAGAACUCGAUGAUCCGUUCUUUCUACGGAAGAAUCGUCGGUAAGAAGAUUGUGAGGGUCAUUGAAUCGAAAACGAUGCUCGGGAGAUUAGCAAUGCUUAAUGUGAGUUUUGAAGCAAUUAAGGAUGAGUUAUGUUACUUAUCAAGACGACUUAUUCAACAUAGAGUGUCUCUUUUGAACAUUGUUACUCCAUGA